CACCAAUCAACCAAUCAGAAGCAAGCACGCAAUUUUAAUUUUUCUUUACACAUUUGCAAGACGGCGAAACUAAGAACUAUGAAUUGGAAUUGUUGACAGAAAACAUCUGAAAUUAUACUGUAAUUUAAGAAAUCCUAACAAACGUGUAGUUUAUAAUUUAGAUAAUAAUGAAGGCGGUAGCUUUAGUUUUAUUCGUACAAAUCACUUUGUGUUUGCUGAACUCAGCAUUCGCUGGGCGAGAUUUCUACCAAAUCUUGAAUGUAAAAAAGUCUGCGUCAACAAAUGAUAUAAAGAAGGCGUAUCGAAAAUUAGCCAAAGAACUACAUCCUGAUAAAAAUAAAGACGAUCCGGAUGCAUCAACCAAAUUCCAAGAUUUAGGAGCUGCCUAUGAGGUUCUAUCGGACCCAGAUAAACGGAAGACUUACGAUAGAUGCGGCGAGGAAUGUCUGAAAAAGGAUGGCAUGAUGGACCAUGGACACGAUCCGUUUGGUAGUUUCUUUGGUGAUUUUGCAUUUCAUUUCGGAGGUGGAGAUCCUCAUCAGCAUGAUACACCAAAAGGUGCAAAUAUCGUAAUGAAUAUGUUUGUCACAUUGGAAGAAUUAUAUUCUGGAAAUUUUGUUGAGAUCGUGAGAAAUAAACCUGUACUAAAACCUGCAGCCGGUACACGCAAAUGUAAUUGUCGCCAAGAGAUGGUUACUCGAAAUUUGGGGCCCGGCCGCUUCCAAAUGAUGCAACAGUUGGUAUGUGACGAAUGCCCCAAUGUAAAGCUAGUGAAUGAAGAACGUACAUUAGAAAUUGAAGUUGAGCCUGGUAUGAUAGAUGGCCAAGAAACACGCUUCGUUGCCGAAGGUGAGCCACAUAUGGAUGGCGAUCCAGGUGAUUUGAUUGUCAAAGUAAUGCAGACGCCACAUGAACGCUUUCAACGAAAGGGAGAUGAUUUGUACACCAACGUCACCAUUAGUUUACAGGACGCUUUGAUUGGAUUUUCAAUGGAUAUUAUCCACUUGGAUGGACACAAAGUAACAGUGACGCGAGAGAAAAUCACAUGGCCUGGUGCUCGUAUUCGCAAGAAGGGUGAGGGUAUGCCCAACUAUGAAAACAACAAUCUUCAUGGCAACCUGUACAUAACAUUCGAUGUAGAAUUCCCAAAGAAAGAUUUAGAUGAUACGGAAAAAGAAGAUCUUAAAAAAAUACUCGAUCAAGCUUCAAUAAAUCGCGUGUACAAUGGACUGUGAAAUUAAUUCAGGGUUUCAGAUGAUUUCAGCCACUAUUUUUUGUGUUGAUUAUGCGUCCUCUAUUUUUGAAACAACAAAGACUUAAUAAAUACAUGAGUAAACAAAACAACGUAGUUAUAUAAACUAGUUUGAUUUAUUUUUAGUACAUAAAAAUUGUAUUAUUUUGAAAUUGGAUUCGAAUUUCUAAUAAACAAAUGCCACGCAGUGAUAAGAUA